AACGAGCGUUCCGCUAUGCCGAUGUCGCGGGAGAAAGAUAGCAAGAAAGAGAACUCCAGAGAGUUUGCGCAAGCUUCGACCCGCCGCAGCUCCGAUCGGCGGACGUUAAGCCGCCAGCCACACGUUUCGAGCUUUCGUUCCGACCAGCAGUCGACUCGCAGCCUAGCUUGCAGCCUGACUAAAGCACGGCGGUACUUUUCUUUCUCGUACCCGUGCGUAUCAUCUUGUCGCUCUCUCUCUCUCUCUCUCUCUCUCUCUCUCUCUUUCUUUCUUCCUUUUCUCCCCUUCUUCGCGCGGUUCAUCUUCCCUCCCUCACUUCCAUCCGCUCUUUGAUCUCUCCGAGAGUUUCGAUUCCACGCAUCGUGUUAUGACGCGCUAAUGAUCUACGCGCUGCUUUCAGCAGCAGCAGCGGCGGCGACGAUGGUGCUCGUGCCAGACUGAAAUCGACGCCUAUUAAUAGUGGUCCACAUUUCGGGGAAAUAAUUCCUCGAGUCGCGCGAGCAGCAUCCUCGGACGGGACGUUUGUCGACUCUAUGUGCGCCAGUGCGCAGUCAAGAAUCGCGGAGGGAACCGUGCCAGGUGACGUCGUGGUCGAUACGUGGUGGAGGAUGAUGACGAUGAUAUAAAUCUGGCUGUCGCAAGGAUUCGCUCGACCCUUACAAUCUUCCCUGGAAAUCCUCACUUGAUCCGAUGAGAGAGAAGAUGGCAUACUCGACGGGACCCGCGUGGAGGAUAUCGCGUCGGUGAUUUCGAUCGGCAGCGAGGAUCUCUAGCUCUCUCGAAGGGAGAUCGGUAGCCAAGGAGCAUGUUGUGGUAAAGUUUUCGACGGGGGAAGCAAAUGGAGAUAAGAGGAGAAGUAGCGGAGGUAUUUUGACAGCCUCGGCACUUGUCCCGGGAAUGCUUCGAAUGCCUGUGCCGGUACUCCUCGGUAGCUGGGGCUGGGGAUUUUUCGCCAUAUUCCUCCUGCUUCUGGCCACCCCCAGUCCCGCUGCCAUUCGCAGAGCGGACCGAGGCCACUGCAAUAAAACGGUGGACAUUUACGAGGAUGUGUCGAGUCCGGCGGUGACCCCAGCGAAUUGGGGUAAGCCCCUAUCGUGCUGGUACCGCUUCCGUGCCUUUCGCGGGACGCCCCGAGACUGGAUUCUGCGAGUACGUUUCAAGAAGUUUAAGGUCGGGGUGCUGGAGAACGCCACCACGUGCAGCGGCGGUUAUCUGCAGAUUAUAGACGGCAAUACAAAGACCGAGGUGAGCAAUCGCAAGGACCCGGGCGUUUACUGCGGCGAGUCCGAACAACCGCAGACCUUCAUUAGCGAGACCAGUUUCGUACGGGUGAUCUUUCACGCGGACAACUUCACCGAUCAGACGUACUUUAGCUUCGACUCGCGGGCCGAACAACAAUUCGAGGUGUACCUCAGAUACGGUCAGCAUCCCGAGCUCUAUCCGAAUCGUCGCGGCGAGAUCGUGCCCGGCAGCUAUUGCGAGCGCGUGUUCAAGGAUUGUCGACUGCAGACGUGCUACGUGCAAAGCCCGGCUUAUCCGGGCAUCUAUCCGCGGGCGUUGCACUGCAAAUAUCGUCUGAACACCCGGCUGCCCUUUAUCAAACUCUACAUCGAGAACGAAGAGUUCAACAUCGACGGUCAACGAUGCGAGAAUAUCAUGACAUGCCCGAUGCGUCCUAUCAGUUCCGGCUCGGAGCAUUGCCCGUACGAUUAUAUACGCGUGUACGACGGUAAGAAUGAGAGUAGCCCGGUGAUCGGCACGUUCUGCGGCAUGGGCAAGUUUCCGUACAGCAUCAUCGGCACCAGCGAGGAUCUCUACGUGGAGUUUGUGUCGUCGCCAGCCGGUCCGCUGCUCAACACCGGCUUUCACUUCAACGUGGGCAACUGGCCAGGUCACGUGGAGACUGCCGGCGUGAAGAAUGGCAGUUGCGACUGGCUGCUGAACAGCGAAUCCCUUGUUAGCGGUAACGAGGGUAUUUUCCUGUCGGUCGCGCACUGGUACCCACCGCACACCAGCUGCACUUACUUGCUACGCGGCCGACCCGGCGAGAUCGCCCGCCUGUAUUUUCCCAGCUUCCGGGUGAAUCGUAUCGAGUCGCCGAUCCAACCGUACGACGGCGAUUGCGGCGAAAGCUUGACGCUCUACGACGCCGACUGGCCGGACGAUGCGCGUAUCAUCAAGACCUUCUGCGACACGUUCAGCAAGCCGAUGGAGAAGCACGAUUUCGUGUCGACGUCAAACGCGCUCUUCGUAAGGUUCGAGAGCAAGACCGGGAGCUACUCUGGCAGCUCGCUCUACUAUUGGGCUCAUUACGACUUCUUCAACGCUACGAGGUUCGGCGAGUCCGUAGCCGGCACCGAGUGCGACGAGAUCUUCACCUCGUGGAAGUUGCGAUCGGGUCGGUUACGAUCGCCCCUCAACACUCUAGUUUACAAGAGACCCGGCGAUCCCGCCGCCGAUUUAUCCUGCACCUACAGCUUCGUCACGGACAAGCGAUUGUACGCGCGAGUAAUCCUCGUGAUCGAAUCGAUCAAUUUCAAGGAACAUCCGUACGCCCAGUGCGGUCACUGCUGGGAUAGUCGAGUGGAUCGUGUGAUUAUUCGGGAGCCGAAUCCUGACGGUAUCAAGGGCCACUGCCUUUGCCGUUCCAGCAACAACGGCACUCCUGCGCCUACCACAUCGCCGUCUGUCUCCCGGCCGCCCGUUCUUCGAGUGGUCUCCCGGGGCGAGAGACUGGACCUGAAGCUUCUCGUUGACGGCGCUCACGCGGCCUCGAGCUACUUCAAGUGGCCCGCGCCGCUCUUCGAGGCGAGAUACGAGUUCGCGCACAGUCCUCUAUGCGGACCGGCCCUUCUGCCUGCCACCACCGAUGGCGAAAUUGAGUUUCCGCAUUACGAGGCUCUGGGAUACGUCACGCCGCCCCGGUCGAUCAAGUGCAUCUGGGAAUUACGAGUGAACCGCGAACGGGAUCUCUGGCUGCACUUUGACAAGAUCAAAUUCGCGUCGCGUUCCUGCGAGGACGGCAAGCUCGAGAUUUUCCUGCCGGGCAACGUCGAGCCGUACCUCGGCAUCUGCGGCGAGAACGUCAGCUACGUCAGAGAGAUGCCGAUCAUAUCGGCGGCGCAGAUCGCACCGUCGCCAACGGAUCAUCCGGCUCCGGGAGGUGCCGGAGCCGCGGACGGCGAGGAAUCCCCCGCUGUGAUCGUGCAAUUCACCGGCUCUAUGGCGCCGGCCAGGGCGGCCUUCAAGAUCGCCUGGACCGAGCUCUAUCAUCUGCCCAGGGACGGCUCCGGGGCUCUCAAUACCGGAAAGAUUCUCGAGGAUUGCGGCUUCCACUGUCCCGGCGACGCGGGAUGCAUCCCGACGAGAUUAUUGUGUAACGGCGUGGUCAAUUGUCCCAAUCGUGGGCUGCUUGUACCGGGUGUCCUCAACGGCACGCUCUACGAGCCGGACGAUGAAUCGGUGGAGACGUGCGGGGGGCCCGUCAACGGUAACGGUGGCGGUUUCGCCGGGCCCGCCGGCUGGGCCGGCGCUGGCCUAGGCGCUGGUCUGGCCAUCCUCAUGGGUCUGGCGUGUAUCAUCGCCGUGUGCAGGCUCUGCAGACAUGAAUCGCGCUCCAGGGACAUACACGUACCGUAUUAGAAUCCUCUGGACGCGAUCGAUCCUCUGCGAGUAUUCGUGCACGAUCUACAGAAGAACAUAGAAGUCGAAUUUAUAAUCGUUCCUCGCGAGGAAUUUUUUUUAUACACGUACGCAUAUGUUUGUAUAUGCGUAGAUGUAUAAAUAGGGAGAAAAAGAGCUUUAUUCCCUCCUCGAGAAGCGACUAUAAAUAGAAACGGUAAGAGGCAUCUGGGUGAUGUCAUAAUUUUUUGGACGUCGCUUGGACGUCUUUGAGCAGAUUGCAUUAACGUACACUCUUAUAUUUGGUUAAAUACAUUUUUUCUCAUUAUAUUAUAGGACUGUAAUCUCUAGAGAAGAAUAACAAAUCCAUAAGACAAACUUAUUCAAGUUCCGUUGAUGCAAUCGUGUCUCAGGCUUCUAUAUUUCUCGGGAGAUAAAUUCGAAAGUGUUCUCUUUCUCGAGGUAAUUCGCUGAGGCAGGAGAGAGGAUGCAUUUUCCAAAUUCAGCGACAAAUCCGACACACACACACACAUACAUUACGCUUACAAGUAAUCUCUCCUAAUGUGAUGCUUCCGGAUUUAAUAAACAUCGAGUUUGCUCAUUAAUUGCGAAAGAUUGAAUCUUAUCGCUCUGUUGUGCGGUUUACUGUCCGUGUAUUACUGUCAACGUGACGCCCCCACCCUCCACGUCCGUCACGUCAUCAAUCUUCUAUUUACACACAUUUCGCGGAGCUAAUGGCCCAUACAAUAUCCUCCCUUAUAUACAGAUGUGACCAAGUUCUAACCGAAAGCCGUAUUUGCCACUGCCGCAUUGUAUUCAUCUCGUAUUACCAUCGCGUCUUCUUUACACGCACACUGCCAUAAGCAUAGAACUUGAUAUGUAAUCCUCGUCUCGAUGGUUCUCAUAGAAUCGUUCGCGCGCGAGAAAUCUUAGAUUCGUGACAAUCGGAUUAUAUUGCUGACGAUAUAGCGAGAUAUCUAUAUCUGGGAUACAGAUAGAAAUGUCAACGACAUGUGACAGUGAAUUUUAUUUGUAUUAUAUCUCGUUUCUUUUCUUAAUCUUUAAUUAUAAAUCAAUAUUAUUGGUGAUAUAAUUGAAAAAUAAUGAGAUCAAAAUUAGAAGGAAUAAAUUAGAUUAAGUUAGAUUAAGUUAGAGUCGUUUUCAACAACUAUAAUUAUUCCUCGAUUAAUUAUUAAUUAUAUAAUAUAAUAGAUUAAUUUUUUUUAAUUAAAAGAAAUUAAUUACACAUAUCGUACCUUUUUAUAAUUAUAUUUCAUUUAUCGGAAGAGCUGCUACCUUUAGGGAAUUGUAAAGGCGACGUGGGGAUUUUAUUUUCUCCGUCGCUCGCAAAUCAGCGAACCCGAUCGUCGUAGAUUUCGAUUUCGAGAUGUAGUUUCUUAGCGGUUGCUCAAAGUUGUUCUGCUUCGUGAACUCUCGAGAGAGACAAAGCCCUCUCUCUCGUCGCGCGCGCGCGAGUAAGAUAGAAUUAAAUUGACUUAAGAUACAGAAGAGAAAUGGGGCGGGAAUCGAUCGAAAAUUCAUCAGAGAUUGUGACUUUUGACGGAUCGUGACACGCCUUGUCGAUUUAACAUCUUGAGAUUCGGCGAUGUAAACAUAUAUAACCAGUAUAAUAUAAUACGACCGUUGUGAGAUAUAAUAAUAAUAAUAAUAAUAAUAAUAAUAAUAAUAACAAUAAUGAUAAUCACAUACUUUAUCAUACAUUUAGUCUCUUUAAAGAAGAAAAAAGAAAAAGGAAAAAAGUGAGAAAAAUUACCAUUUCUUUUCGCCGACUCGCAAGAUGUGUGAACUCUAUGACACCGAAUGAGCGUGCCUACUAAAUAUGCAGCUAUUAUGAUGCAUGUGAUCGUCGACAGUGCAAACAGUUUGUAUAUAAUAAGGCGAAGGGAAGAAAGAAAAGGGAGAGGAGCCGGUUUUAUAAAGCCGAUCGCUUUUUAGGAAUAACUGGUACGCGUUAAGAGAUUUAAAGAAAUAUAAAAGUAAACGAAGAGAGAGAGAGAGAGAGAGCGUUGGCGUAUGGCCGAUUAUUAAAGCGACAAGGGAUAAUUCUGUUAAUCCGAUAUUCGUUGGUUGGCACUCCUCCAGGAAGGCGUCGUUAUGAUUGAAACGAGUAAGAGACAAACUGGCCCGUCACCUUACAGGGGCUGCCGCGCUCUACAGAAUCGUGUUUGUUUGUAUAUAGGGAAAAACAUUUAUGUAGGUUUAGCGACAAUCUCAAUAGUGGGUAUACACACAUACACCCGUACAGAUUCAUACAGACACCCGCCCGUACGACACACGCACACGACCGAGCGACGUGCAUCACGCGCGUGCAUUAUUAAUAACGCAGCUAAUCUUUAAUCGACGAUAUAACGAUCAUCUUACUACGACAUGUAAUUGCGAUAAUAACACAAUUAUCAUAAUUACUAUAUUUUUUACUAAAUAAAGAGCAUCCUUGGAGCUGAGGAAA